AUGGCUUCCAAAGAUUGUAACGAUAUAUUUGGAUGUCGAUAUCUUACAGAUGCUUCUGAUGUUUAUGAGCGGAAUGCUUGGGAUGACUUUCAAUGGACAGAAGAGCAGGAAAAUGUAGCGAAAGAAAUGAUACUUUUGAAUAGCACUGUUAAACUCCCAGAUGACUCUCAAGAACGAAUUGAGAUCCUUGCGCAUGAAUACUGGGACAAGUUUUAUUCCCAUCAUGAAGAUAGAUUCUUCAAAGACAGAAAUUGGUUAGAAAAAGAGUUUUAUGAAUUAUUUUCUUCGACAUCUCCUAGCGUGCACAUAAUGGAGGUAGGUUGUGGUGUGGGGAAUACGAUAUUUCCAAUAUUACGCGCUAUAAAGAGUCCUGGACUGUUGAUAUAUGCAUCAGAUUUCUCUGAAAAGGCUCUAUCUAUACUCAAAGAAUCCAAAGGAUAUGAUGCUGAUCGUUGUAUUACUUUCCAGCAUGAUAUAACCAAAACUAAUGAUGAAAUCCCUUGUCCUAAAAAUAGUUUGGAUUUUCUAGUCUUAGUGUUCGUAUUAUCAGCAGUAAAUCCUGAAUUGUUUCACCGUACACUUAAAAAUCUUGUUACGUAUCUAAAACCCGGAGGUGUGCUAUUGUUUCGAGAUUAUGGAAGGUUUGAUUUAGCUCAGCUAAGAUUUAAAAAUGGUCAGUGUUUAAAAGAUAAUUUUUAUAUGAGAUCAGAUGGAACAAGGGUUUACUUUUUCACGCAAGAUGAAUUACACGAGUUAUUUACUGCUGUUGGUCUGGAAAAGAUUCAGAACAAGGUUGAUCGCAGAUUAAUUGUAAAUCGCAAAAAGAAGUUAAAGAUGUACAGAAUUUGGAUUCAAUGUAAAUAUAACAAGAUAUAA